GGUGACAUUUCCCCGUGCCCCCAGGCCCACCCCGGGGAGAUGGUCGGCGCUCUGGCCGCGCAGUCCCUGGGCGAGCCGGCCACGCAGAUGACCCUCAACACCUUCCACUACGCCGGGGUGUCGGCCAAGAACGUCACGCUGGGCGUGCCCCGCCUCAAGGAGCUCAUCAACAUCUCCAAGAAGCCCAAGACGCCGUCGCUCACCGUGUUCCUGCUGGGCCAGAGCGCCCGCGACGCCGAGCGCGCCAAGGACAUCCUGUGCCGCCUGGAGCACACCACGCUGCGCAAGGUGACGGCCAACACCGCCAUCUACUACGACCCCAACCCUCAGAGCACGGUGGUGGCCGAGGACCAGGAGUGGGUCAACGUCUACUACGAGAUGCCCGACUUCGACGUCAGCCGCAUCUCGCCCUGGCUGCUGCGCGUGGAGCUCGACCGCAAGCACAUGACCGACCGCAAGCUCACCAUGGAGCAGAUCGCCGAGAAGAUCAACGCCGGUGGUGACCUGUGGUGGCCCAUGGUGACCCGUGGUGACCCAUGGUGA